UAAUACUUACUUGUUUUCUCAUUCUUAACCAUGAUUAUAGCCAUUUAAUUUAUGUUUUCUCAAUUUUUCAAAAAUAUGCCAUUUCUUGGAGAGUUGGAAAGCCUCAGGAUACCCUUUGGAGAUAUUAAAGAAGCCACUAAAAACUUCACUGCACUUAUUGGAAAGGGUGGAUAUGGUUUGGUUUACAAAGGACAACUCUUACUUUUUGGUAAACUUAUAACUGUCGCUGUUAAGCGACUAGAUGGUAACGUUUCCGGUCAAGGGUUUAAGGAGUUUUUAACAGAGAUUCAAAUGCUCACUCGUUAUAAACACCCAAACCUUAUCCCCCUCAUCGGUUUUUGAGAACAAGACAAUGAGAAAAUCCUCGUUUAUGAGUACGCAGAACACGGAAGCCUAGACAAGUACUUAAGUACUGCUGAAAACAGAUCUAAACUGACAUGGAAGCAACGGAUCAAUAUAUGCGUCAACGCAGCCCGUGGAUUGAAUUAUCUUCAUAACGAAGUUGCAAUGAAUGAAAGAGUUAUCCACAGGGACAUAAAAAGUGCAAAUGUUUUGUUGGAUCGAAAUUGGAAAGCGAUGGUUUCAGAUCUUGGGCUAUCAAAAUUAGGUCGUGCUAACGAGAAAGACACUUUUCUCAUUACUAAUGCUUCUGGAACACAUGGUUAUUGUGAUCCGAUAUAUAUUAGUUCAGGGAUUCUUACAAAAGAAUCAGAUGUCUAUUCAUUUGGUGUCGUUUUGUUUGAAAUUUUAUGCGGGAGGAUGUGCUUUUUAAAUGUAAACAAUGAACACCGGUUUCUACCUCCAUUGGCCCAACGCUACUGCAAGAUAGGGAAAAUAGAUGAGAUCAUGGAUCCUGCAUUGAAGGGCCAGAUUGACUCGGAUUCUCUAAAUAAGUUUUCAAAGAUUGCAUUUCAAUGCUUGCUGAAUAAUCGCAAACGAAGGCCUUCAAUGCGUACGGUGGUAAAGAAACUUGAGGAACUUGAAAAAGCAUUGGAAUUCCAUCAACGACAAGCAGGAAUGAAUGAAGGAGUGACAACAGGAGGUGAACCUUCAAACGGGACAAAACAAUUGAAGCGUAAUUUCGAUGAGAUGCAGAACAAGAUAGUGUAUAACAUUCACUCUUCAGAUUCUAUGCAGCGAAAGUCCUUAUUUUUUAUAGAUGGAGUAGAACCUGAUCAACAUAAAUCAGAACGCGAGUUAACAUCAGAGAUAACUAAAAUAAAUGACGUAUUCUGGGAGCAAUUUCUUACGGAAAGACCUUAAUGCAUUGAAAUGUAACAAACUAUGCAUGAAUGUAGUUUGUGUGUAACCAAAUUCAGUUUUGUUCAUUGUAAGUAUGUAACUUAUUUUUUGUCCAA